CACGUCUUUGUCGUUCCGUGUUAUAGAGCUUCCAAAUUACGACGUUUUGGAAACCUUGAAGAUAAUUUUCAUAUAGACCAUAAACGUAUGCUAUUUGUAUAUAGCCGUAGAUAUACAUACAAUGUAGACGUAAUCGCUACAACAAUUUUCGAAGCAGCAAGGAAACAUAUCAAUAGAAAUAGCAGUUGCGAUAUCUUGCAGCGGUUCGUAUUUUGUAUAGAAAAUAAUAAAAUGGGCCCUGGAAAUUUGGAUCAAUUUAAGCAAAACGGUAGACUAAUUGCGGAACCGGAAACCUCCUGAACCAAACCUCUGCCACUCUUCAUUCGUCAUUUACUGUAAUUUCUGUCGUACAUUCUUUAUUACGUAAAAAGAGUCAUGCGCUUCUACAACAAAUGCGAAGUUUCGAUUCUGCGCGAUGCCCCACAACCGGAGCUCUUUUUUUCCGUCAUUCAGUCGCUGAAAAAUUGUGGAGGUAACAACUAAUACCUUCUAUAAUGGACAUUGACAUCAAGCAGGCCAGAAGCCUGUUUGAAUUAAAUGAGAGAGUCUUCGCCAUUCUCGGAGUAUGGCCGUUGCACUCGUCAUACGGGAAGUUCAGUGUGUGGAUUAUUUAUCUUCUAAUUCAUUUGACAAUGCUAUUAGUCGAUCUUUAUUAUGUAACCGGUGAUUUAGAAGAGGUAGUGCUGAAUCUGACGGAGUCCACAUUUAACAUUAUGGUGGUCGUUAAAAUGAUUGUUAUGAGAUUUUCGGGCACUCUCGUUACUCUAAUGAAUCGAAUAAUUGAUGGUGUCGAUUUGAAAUUUUUCGAAAGCUCCGAAGAACUGAAAACUUAUCUGAGCUACAAUCGCAUUGCCCAAAUGUUCUUCAAGCUUUGGUUAACGAUGGGAAUCGUUACGACUACUAGCUUCAAUUUGAAAUGCUUGGAACCCCGCUUGAAAUCUGCGUUUGGGAAUGAGACGUUACCCUACGUACUGUGUCAUCGCACUCGGUUCUUCUUUGAGGUGACGGAUUCUUCCACCUUCUGGCUCGUCUGGUUAUACCAAUGCCCAAUAAUAUUUUUAUCCGCCUAUCUAGCGGCAACGAUUGGCUACGUCUUCACUCUUAUACUUCACGUAUGUGGAAAAAUGUCGGUUCUGGUGUUCAGAAUAAAAAAGCUUGAUCUGUCGAAAGUUGAAACUGAUGAGUUUUCGAGAAGAGUUUUUCGUGAUAUAGUUGAAAGGCACCUUGAAAUUUUGGGAAUGGCACAGGGUAUCAAUCAAGUAUUUGGUUUGGUUCUGUUAGAAGAGCUGUUCAUUUGCACCCUCCUCAUAGGUCUCACAAGUUACAAUGUUCUCCAGAACGUUGAUUUUGAAGAAACUGGUUUAUUUUUUACAUAUCUUUUUUAUGGUUAUACGAUGCUUUUAUUGAUUUAUGGUUACUGCGUUGCUGGCGAAUAUCUCAUCACUGAAAGUGGAAAUCUGUACGAAGCUUACUAUCAAUGUCAAUGGUACGAUAUGUCAGAAUCCUUCAAGAAACAAUUGAUCAUAUGUAUGAUGGGUGCAACGAAACCCAUUCAAUUGAAUGCUGGUGGAUUCUACAUUUUUUCACUGUUUAGUUUCACGAGCAUUCUUAAAACCUCAGCUGGUUAUAUAUCUAUGUUGAGAACUAUGAUUUGAGUAGAAAUUAUGAUUUUUUUCGUCUCGUGGUUAGCGUCGAAUUAGAAAAAAUCGUC